AAGGAUCUUGAAAAUCUAAUAAAAUCUUGAGAAUCUUGUAUAAUCAUAGGUGUAUAAGGCUCCAUCAUAUGAUUAGAAGACUUUCUUCAGCCAAUAAACCGAAGCAUCAAAAAAAAGAAAAAGUGCUUUAUGCUAAUUUUUUCAUUAAACCGACAUGUCGAUGCCUAGAUAAGCCAUUAACAACACGCGGACUUAAAAAAACCAGACACGUUCUCCUAUUUUGUAAAUCAAAUCGAUGCACGUAACGGCAUCAGCAAAUUUUCACUUUUAUCAGAAACAAAAUUCCAUCGGAGCCCUAAAAGCGAGGACAAGUAAAAAAGGAGGCCGGACAAAAAAAAACGAGAAGGAAAUUGCUUUUACUCGCAUGGUAAAUAACGUGGAAAAUAAAAAAGAGUAUUUUUUGUCCUCUGGGCAGAUCGAACAUAGGUAGAUAGGACGGUCGCGUAAGUCCUCUUGGUACCAGGUUGCCGAAGGAGGUCACCCGGUCACCCAGAUGAGGUUCCUUGCCCGUUGUUACCUCCGCACCUCGGCCAAUGGCGUGGCACCUCAUCGUCGCCGUGGCCAAUCCUGUCGCCAGUUUUCGUGCCGACCGCCAACCGAUCGUCGAUCCGAGACCCGCGGCCGGCUUUGUGGCCAGAUUUAAGCUUCUUCCUUGCUGGUCAGGAUCUCCAGCUUCUCCGACGUGCGUAUAUCCUUUUUGACGGUGAACGACGCCUGACUUCGGAGGAUACCUCACAACCGAAUCGUCGGAACAACGAUGACUGCGAGGUGCACGAUACUGGUGUUGCUGACCACCGUCGCCGUGGUGUCUUCCGCAGGAUUGCUCGAGACGCUACUGGCCUGGGACUUGCCGGAUGCCGUGGGUAGAUCAACAGCUCCUCAAUCGCAAUGCUUGUGUCAAACCUCGAACUGUUUGUGCUGUGUCGAUCUGAAUCUGACGGCGACGAUCGACCUAGGCGGUCCCGCUUGCAUCAACGUCAAACAGAAGGAUCAGAACGUCUCCUUGAACCUGAGCUACGGUGACAACCCCGUCCACAACGCGACCAUAAAGAUCGCGGACGCCUCCAACAAACCAACAUGCAUGAAUCUCCUAUCGGACCUGGCGCAGAUAUGUGCAAAAUUCACGUCGAUGAAGCCAGCAGACUCGGGUUACGAUGGUUGUUUGGUGAUCGAGCCAGCUCUAUUGGGAACACCGCAAGCCACAUACCCCAUGGGAUGCUUCAAUUUCAACCAGGUUGUGCGUCAGGUUGAGGCUUCCGCAAUCGUCGAAACGACGGAAACGACCGAGAAUUCAGAGGAAGAUGAAGACUCUCUGAACACAGAAGAGCUGAUAGCAGCAGUGUCAGCCAGCGCCGAGCAAGGCAUAGCCCUCUUCUCCCAAUGGCUGGGUCUAAACUUGAACCCAAAACUGAACCUAAGCAAGAGCAAUCAAGAGAGCAGUCAGCGAGCAGUACCCUCAACGACCUCCAGAUCCGCCCGUGCUCAGUGGGACCAAGAAAAAAACGAUGAACGGUUCAAACAGUUGCUCAGCGCCCAGGAUAAUAUCCUGAAGGGUUCAGCGACGAUCGGCCAAUCGAACGGCGCCGAGACCACGUUCGUUUACUCGAAACCCCCCGAGCUAUUGUCUGAGAAAAUCUCGGAGGAGAGGAGGGUCGACCAGGUGAAAAUCAGCCCGGAACACCUGGCCGUGGUGCCUAAGGAGUCCAGACGGGGCGGCCGGGCGUACAACAUUCAUCAACACGUUAACGAAAUCUGAGAGAAUUACUUUUUCAUUCGACAAGAUGAGGGUGAACGUUAUAAUUCCGUAGAGUUUAGGAUAUCGCACGUAGACUGUACCACCAGGGGCAAUAGCUCUUCUUUCCGAAUGUCUUAUACUCCGUUGCUAAUACGAUUUCGUCGAUCUUGGGUCGAUUGGAGAAUGUCGAUUGGGUCGGUAUUCUCUGCAGGGCCGUCGCUAGAGUUUGGGGAAAAAAAUUAUUUUUGAAUUUGUGAUCGGUGAUGAGCACUGAUCGGUGCAUGACUCUUGUCAGAUUACUGUUGCGCUGACAAUUGAAUGCUAGAGGUUAGAGGUUCUAUGAAGCAAGCAAAAAUGUAUACGUUUGAAGAUUUAAAAGACUCUAAAUUAGAUCAAGAUUUACAUUUCAAUAUUAAUUCUAAAAUUUAUAUUUUGAGGACUUGUGGAAACUUCAUAAAUUUGA